GGGCGAGUCAGGGAAACACGUUUGAGUAGAUUCAAACUGGGAAAGGUCUUGGCUGGUCAAAUCCGCAAACAGAAAGGUACCGAGUUAUUGAUGAAACGCAGAAACCAGUUAGUUGAGGAUGAAGACGAUGGAGAGCUCUCAGACCUGGAUCGUCUGUCAAUUCCAGCAUGCUCCGUUCGGUCUCACACAGCGACUAGUAAGCUCUCCAAUGAAGAAAUCAUCAAGAUUCUUUGUGAUAACCCCACGUUGGAGCAGAUGCGGACUUGCUUUGAAGCACUUCGCCGAACGCUGUCUCGCUCAAAAAAUCCACCUGUCGAUGAAGUGAUUCAAAGUGGCCUUGUGAAUGCGUUGGUACAAGCACUCGCUGUUGAGGACGAUAAAGUUCGAUUCGAAGCCGCAUGGGCGCUGACAAAUAUUGUAUCGGGUACAUCGGAACAAACGGUAGCCGCUGUUGAAGCCGGUGCCACGCUUCCUCUAGUCAAGCUCACCCAGAGCUCUAAUCCAGCUUUAGCUGAACAGGCCCUAUGGGCUGUUGCCAAUAUAGCUGGAGAUUCGGCUCAACUGAGGGACUACGUCAUAGAGUGCAAUGGUGUGGAAGCGUUGAUGAGCCUAGUAGACCGGCUGGAUUCCCUCGAAGUCAGUUGCGCUCGCACUCUUGCAUGGGCAUUUUCCAACAUGUGUCGGCACAAGAGUCCACACGCCCCGUUGGCCGUAUUGUCAGUGCUCAGCAACGGACUUGCCAAAAUUGUUGCUCAUGAGGAUAAGCAAGUGCGACAGGAUGCAUGUUGGGCAAUUUCGUACCUCACCGAUGGUCCCGAUGAACAAAUUGCCCUCGCUAAGACAAGUGGUGUUCUUCCUCAUGUGAUCAAGUUCCUGAGUGAUUCUGAUGCUAUGGUGGCUCCAGCUCUUCGUGUUUUAGGAAAUAUGAGCACAGGAAACGAUGAGUUGACCCAGUGUGUCGUGGACCUGAAGACAUUGGAUGAGAUCAUUCCAUUGUCCGAGCGUUCAAGGUCGACCACAGUGGUGAAGGAAUGUUGUUGGCUCGUCUCGAACAUUAUUGCUGGAACUCAGAGCCAGAUUCAGGCCGUUAUUGAUGCUGGAAUUAUGCCUUUUAUCAUUGAAGUGUUGCGUUCGGGUGAUUUCAAAUGCCAAUUCGAAGCGUCAUGGGCUGUAGCGAAUUUGGCGCAAGGCGGUAAUUCGAAACAGAUUCUCACUCUCCUUCAAGAUAACGCGAUUCCUGCAUUGUGCAGUGCUCUUAAACAGAGCAAUGUAGAUUUGCUGAAUAAUGCACUCGAGUCUCUUUACACGUUACUAACUACAGUCUCGACGUGCUGUCCCGAGAGGCUGGAUGAAGUCCGUGAAGCUGUGGAAGAAGCAGACGGGCUGGAUUAUUUGGAGCGUCUCCAGGAGUCUGAAUCUGAUAAGGUUUACUCGACUGCCUAUCGCAUCAUUUCGGACUUCUUCAGUGAAGGCGACCACGAUGAAGAACAGAAAGCUUCUGAUGGAAACGAACCAGUACAGUACAGCUUCUAG